CCAUGCCCCGUGAAAUAUCAGACGCGACCAAACUCUCCUCCCGUUCAAACUUCAAUCGUGCAUUGACUUGACAAAGAGUCGGCAGGCUGAGCCAGUCAUCUAUUAUAAAAUUCAGGGAGUGUCGUGUCUCGUGUCCCGUCCUUGCCAUUUCUUCCCUUUCUCGUCCUAAACCAACCACCGAAGACCGAACCAACGUUGCGUAAUUCCGCAAUCACGCGACCCGAAUCUGUGCGUUUGUUUUCUCUCAUUCUAUCCAUCUUGAUCUCGUCAAAUCCGUCUUAGUUUCUGUAAUUCACGGCUCCCUGUCUGCAUGGUUUUUCUAUUGCUUCUCACAUCUGAGAACAGACUGUAAAUCAUACGAAGAAGAAAGGAAAGGGGCGAACCCUAAGAGCUCAUUGGGACGAGCAUGUCAAAGGGUUUACCUUACUCGAUGAAAGAUGUUGAUUACGACAACGCCAAGUUCCGUCAUCGUUCAUUCUUCAAGGUGAUUAGUCAAGCCUUACUUACCAGUAACAUGAGACGUGAUUGUGUAAGAUGUAGUACCGGGAAAUUUCUAUUGUUGUUGAUGAUUGGUGGUUUAGCAUGUCUAAUGCUAAUACAUACAAGUCCAAUCCAUGCUGCUUCUGAUGGACUAACAGAAGGUAGCAUAAAAGAAGAGAAGAAUGUCAUGGGUGGUGGUAGCAGACUUGGAAGGCUUUGGAGAAGAGCACCAAGGCUUCCUCCACGGUUGUCUCCUGAUGAGGAAAAUGCAAUUAAUAAUUCUAUUUGGAAAUCUAGGCAAAACAGUAUUAAGGAGGCAUUUAUCCAUGCCUGGUCUGGCUACAGAAAUUAUGCAAUGGGUUAUGAUGAACUUAUGCCAUUGGGCCAGAGGGGAACCGAUGGUUUAGGGGGUCUUGGUGCUACAGCUGUGGAUUCAUUGGAUACAGCUAUGAUAAUGGGUCUUGAUCAAAUUGUCUCUGAAGCAAGCACAUGGAUAGAAAACAAUCUUCCAGAAAGGAUUAAUGAGAAAGGUCAAGUCAAUUUAUUUGAAACUACCAUACGUGUUCUAGGUGGACUUCUUAGUGCUUAUCAUCUAAGUGGGGGAGAACAUGGAAUAUACUCUGUAACAAACAAUGGGACUAAACCAAAUGUUUAUCUAGAAACUGCAAAGAACUUGGCUGAUCGUCUGUUAUCUGCAUUUACUUCAAGUCCAACACCUAUUCCUUAUAGUGAUGUAGUCCUUCGUGAUCGCUCAGCACAUCCAGCUCCUGAUGGAUUGAGUAGCACUUCAGAAGUUUCUACUCUACAACUUGAAUUUAACUACCUUAGUACCGUUUCAGGUGAUGCAAAGUAUGGGGUUGAAGGAAUGAAAGUUCUGGAACACCUGAAGUCACUUCCUAAGGUGGAAGGACUAGUGCCUAUCUACAUCAGCCCUCAUUCUGGCGAGUUCAGUGGAGAAAAUAUUCGGUUGGGUUCCCGUGGUGACAGCUACUAUGAAUACUUGAUAAAAGUUUGGCUUCAGCAAGGACCAAAUCGAGAUAGUAAUUUGAAGUAUUUGCAUGACAUGUAUGAGGAAGCAAUGAAAGGCGUAAGACACCUUCUUGUUCGGAAAUCUGUGCCAAAAGGAUUGGUUUUUGUAGGGGAACUGCCUUAUGGAUCCAAGGGUUCUUUUAGUCCAAAAAUGGAUCACCUGGUGUGUUUCUUGCCAGGAACUUUGGCGCUAGGUGCUACUAAAGGGAUUACAAAGAAAAAAGCUAUGGAAGAAAAUUUGCUCACCUUUGAAGACUUGGAAAACUUGAAGUUGGCAGAAGAUCUAGCAAAGACAUGUGUUGAGAUGUACUUUGUGACUUCUACUGGUCUUGCUCCAGAAAUUGCUUAUUUUAAUGUAGAGGGAGCUUCCGAAGGAGGACCUGAUGGUGGAAACAAAAGUUCUGAAUAUUUGAAUGAUAUCAUAAUUAAACAUGCUGAUCGUCACAACCUUUUGCGCCCUGAAACUGUUGAAUCAUUAUUUGUUUUAUUUCGUAUUACAGAAGACCCCAAAUAUCGAGAAUGGGGUUGGCAGAUCUUUGAAGCAUUUGAAAAAUAUACAAAGGUGGAUUCUGGGGGCUACACUUCUCUAGAUGAUGUCACCACGAUUCCCCCUCAAAGAAGAGACAAGAUGGAGACCUUCUUCAUAGGAGAGACAUUGAAGUAUUUAUACCUGCUAUUUGGGGACAGCACAGUCAUUCCUUUGGAUAAAUUUGUUUUCAACACAGAGGCUCACCCUUUUCCAAUUACUGGCACUAUUAAAGAGGAAUGAUACUAUUAUGGAACUCUUACCGAGUAACAAUGUGAAGAAAGUGUACAGAGACUUCACGUUAUCAUUGGAUGGAAGUGAACUUCAUUGUGUUUACUUGGAUUGAAGUAUCCUUACAUGCUUCUUCUGAUACAUCUUCCAAUAGAGUCAGGCCAGCAGGGCCAAAGGAAGAUUUUAAGCGGCCUAUCAGUGACAAAUAUCAUGCCAGACAUCAUAUUUUUUCUUCUUGUUACUUUUCCUUUUGCAGUGCAUCAGGGAUUUGAUUACUAUCCAUUGUAUCACUCUGAAAAACUAUAGAAUGGAAGAUCUCCUUGAAUUUUCCCUGCCUACAUAGCCCACCAAAUCAUUGAUAUUCUUAAAGAUGUAGUUUCUUGUAUUAUUAUUCUUUGAGUUUUAUUGAUGGAUGAUUUUUUCUGUGGU